GUAGGCCUAAUUAAAUAGCUAAAACGGAAGAUGGUAUCAUUUUUAUAUAGUAUAGGCAAUAUAGGCAUAGGGCCUACUUAUUUAUAAUAAUUUAAAAAGAGAACUGUGAUUAUGAUGGCGAUUGACUUUCUAAACAAAUAAGCCUGGCUACAUUUUGUUGUGAUACUAAUUAUAGCUCUUCGGAAGUUUUCCUUGUUGAGAACUGCCUUGCCUCUCUCUCUUUCUCCGUCUCUAUCUUUCUGUGAAACCCAGAGGCGCCAGAGCCCAGAAGAACGUUGUUACGGUUUCAAUGGUGAAAGUCGCAUAAUAAAUUCAUCUAAGUACUAAACUAAAUGGCAGGGAGAGAUGUUGCUCGAGUAGUGAACAGAUGUAAUCAAGCCAAAGACGAUAAAAGACUCGGUACCGUAUCCGUAUACUAACCCUAACCCUAAUCCUAUACUAUCAAUGACAUGCAACUUGCAAGGGGUGAAAUGUUUGUCAAGUCAAGUCAAGCCUGAUAUUCAGUGAAAUUAAACCUACGUCCGUUCAAGCGACUAAUAGUCGACAUAGUAAUAGUGACAGUGAAUGUGAAUAAAGUUAUUUUAUAGGCCUAAUUUUAGUUUCAUUAAAUUGCCUUACUUAAACUUGUCUUCGGGGGGGACAAGAUCUUUUUUUUUUUUUCCUACUUUUUAGUAUGUUUAAUCUGUAAAUUAUCCACAAAAUAAUUUUUAAAAGUUACAAAACAAAACAAAAAGAAUGUUUAUUAUUACAAAACUAAAAAGUAUAAUUUAAUUACUGCAUGGCGUCCGUUGCCGUUGGUCAAUGUCUAAUUCACGAAAUGCCUGGGGUAGUUUUUUUUUUUUUUUUUUUUUUAAAACCACUUUCUUUUCUUUUUUUUCUCCCUUUCCCCCCCCCCCCCGCCGUCUAAACGCAACAUAACGUAGACACCUUAACAGUAACACGGGAACGUCAUUUCAGGCAGGGUUUGUGUGUGUGUGUGGGGGGGGGUGCAAAACCAAAACUUGGUCAGCUAUUCUUGUAAGGCUUAUAACUUAUUGAGUUGUUGUUAAUUACUGUAAUACAUUUUACCUAGUAAUUUAAAUAAAACCAGCCAAUUCAGGGGAGGGCAAAUACCCCCCAACCCAAAUGACGUCCCUGGCUGUAACUAUUAGCCUAUAUAUGAGUCAAUAACUCAGGCGACCUUUCAGGUCAGCACGGACAAAUGCUGAACCCACUGAGCUAGAGUGUCACGUGUAUAAAUAUUAUAUUAUAUACUACUACUACUAUAUUUUUUAGAUUUAGAAUUAAUUUUAUUUCUUUCUUCCAUAUUAUUAUAUUAUGUGUAAAAAUGAUAAUAAGUUUUUAAAAAUUUGAUGAAAAUUUUAUUUAUUUUAACCUUUCCUUAUACUAAAUGUUUGCAACAUUUCAUUUAUAAUGAAAUGAUUUAGUCAAUUUAUUUAGUACUUGCCCCACUCCAGGAGAAAGAGGUGUACGAAAAUAAACCAAAAAUAUAUUUUUAUUAAAAAGACUAAACUGUAAUUUUUAUAAGUUUUGAAAAGAAUAAAAACUUGUGCCUAUAACCGAUUACAAUUAGUAAAACCUAUGAAAUAUCAUCAUGCUUGAUAUAUUUGAUGAUCUGUAUAGUUAAGGCUAAGCUUGUUAGAGGCUUACACUAUUUGAUUGUAAAUAUCAUACUGCCCACUCCUGAUUAUAAGCCGAAGUCUUACUUUUGUUGUUGGCAUAUAUUCCUAACUGCUUUUGUCUUUUAAAUAUUAUAAUAAACUAUCCCACCUUAGUGCACGCAUUAUCGUUUUUUCAUUAAUUAUUUUUUAGAUUAGAAUCUAGUAGAUAGCAUUUCGAUUAUCAUGCCAAUUCCAUUUUUUUGGUAGUACUAGUUUAAAAAAAAAUUGUUAUUCCUAAAUCGUCUGUUUAAAAUAAAUUCUUUGGAUUUGGUAAAAUGUUUUUAAGUAUAUCAAAGAGUCAAUGUUUAUUUAUCAGAAAAAAAUUAUAUUAGUUUGAAAUUUCAAAUAAAAAUGUCUAAAUUUAUACUUUGUUUAUAUUUACCUCAGAUAAAUCACACAUUAAUAAAUGUAUAAUGUCUUUUGUAAAUAAAUCAUGUCUUCUUAACAUAAUUAUGUCAAAUAUGAUUUAUAAUUAUAAAAAUCAUUUAAAAUGACCAGUUUUGAAAACCCAUACAAAUUUAUAGAGCUUUCUGCUUAACAUUUCAUUUUUGACUCUGGUAAAACUUGGAAAUACUUAUAAAAGGUAAUUAUUAUAAGUAAUUUGUUGUUUGUUUGUGAUGGAAACCCAUUUAUUUAUUUAUUUUUAAAAAUUCAUUUAUUAAGUAGUUGACCCUGACCCCCAGAAAGGUUUAAAUAAAAAAUAAAAGCCACAUUACUAUUUAGCACUAUAAAAAUUUAUUUGAAUAAAAUAAGCAGGUCCAGCAGAGCCGUCGCUUAACUUUUUGAGGCCCCAAUGUCACUUUUCGGUUUUGUUCUCCCCCACCUUGCAUUGAAAGAUAAUUUAAAAAGUGUCCAUAUCACACAUUAAAGCCCCUAAAUUAUCUGAGGCCCCCACUCGGAAUCGUAGGGGUUGCUGGGCUGACAUGAUGGUUUUAAGGUUAAGUGACACCUAAUUUAUUUUAACAAGCAUCUCUUCCAUGUUGAAUGUUGCAAAACUAAAUUGAGGCAUGUGCUAAAAUGCAUUCUUGUAUUUUAAAUUCAUCAAAAAUUUUCUGGGGACUAUAAAGAUUUAAGGGGCAAGCUAUGGCAAAAGCAUACACUCAAGGGCGCCACAACUGGGAUACAUUUAGUUCUGUCUUGCUGGUGCCGAGUUCGAACAUUAUUAUUGCUAAUUGUGGCGCUUCCCACUCAAAAGUUUGAAAUGCCACCUCAAAAUUGUCUGAAAGAAACACCAAAUACUAGUACAGGUAAGAGCCAAAGUGCAUCCUUGUAAUUUUGAAUUUGCCAGACUGUCUUCAGAACCCUCAAUUUCUGCACCCUCUUCCCUCACGCUAAUCAAUGUUACAGUAGGGGGUUGAAUAAAAGCUUGUGUCAAAUUAUUACUCUAGGGCACGCCACAACCGGAGUGAAUUCAGUUUAUGUAUGAACCAUAAUGCCUCCCCCAGACCCUAAGAAUGUCCUUCCCCUGAUAAAAAAUUCUAAUAGAAAUAUUGAAUUAAAGAAUAUUCCAAAAUGAACCUCUUGAUUUUGAAAUAAUCAAAAAUUUUCUGGGGUGAGACCCCAGACCCAUCCUCAAUGAUUCUGCUCCCUCUUUUUCAGCCCUACUUCCUGAUAAAAAUGAUCAUCAAUUUUGGUUUCGGUAGAUACACUGCCUAUUGGCUAGUAUUAGUGCUAACAUGGGUGGCCAAAGAUUUUCAUGUUCUCCCUCUCAUGCUAUAAAAACUCUGCAGUUGUCCAAAAUGCUGCAUCUUUAUAUAAAGAAAAAAUGACACCUGGGUAGACCACCCCAUCUGCCCCCUUUUUACGCCACUGCCAGGGGUGUAGCUAUAGUGUUAGAUGUCUGAGGACAAGAUUCAUUUUUUAUGCCACCCCCCCCCCCCCUUUUUAAUGAUUUGUUUGUGUUUUGUGGGUGCAUGUUUUGUGCUGAGAGUAUUUGUGUAGCUUUUGCUAUGUGCUUUGAAUCUUGUGAUGUAUUUGGGUAUAUGACAUGAUGUUGGGUGCUAUGGUUUUUUAGUAGUAAUGGAGUUGCAGAGUGAGAAUUAGAUGAAAGAAGACCCGCUGUUUAUUUAAUAAAGAGACAUUUGUCAUAUAAAUCAUUGGUUUGUUAAAUAAUUAAAUUACCCCUAGAUGUAAUGAAGCCAUUGAACUGCUAAUGCAGUACAUAACACCCCCCUCAACUCUGAAAUCCAUUAUUUUCAACCAUUAAAUUCCACCAAAGUCCAUUCUGGCACCUCCGCUAGUCUUGGGAUGUCUGUCCCAUCUGCCACCCCUCAGCCACACCUCUGACCAAAAUCUGAACACAUACCCAACCUCCUCUCUCCUCCUUCUCUCCCCCCCCCCUCCUUUCCUGAGGAAAUUAAAAGAAGCACUGCUCAAGAUUAUAUUGAAGUUUGGAAACCAGGAUACAGUUAAGGCUUGGGAAGUAUUUUUUACAUACCUUGCCAUUAAACUGAUUGAUAGAAAGCAAUUCCGUCUAGUUUCUGACUGUUUUGUGUAUUGAAGAGCUCUAUGCUCCAUGUGCCCUGGUUUGACCAAAAUUUUUCUAGACCAUUUCAUGAUGUAUGUUAUGUGCUUAUGAAUAAUAGGAAUAAUAAUAAAUUGAAAUUUUUCAUUAUUUUUUUUACUUGUUUAAUUGACAGGGUUACUUUCAAUUUUUAAACAUUAAUUACAGAUUUGUCAAGGUGUGAUCUAACACGAAUCCCUGAUGCAAUUUUUCUUCUUUUGAGAAAUAUAGAACUCAAAUACUGCAGCCUCUCUCAAAAUCUUAUUAAAAGAAUCCCAUCCAAGUUUGGAACUAAGUUUCCAACCCUAACAGGUACCAAAAGAAUGUUAAUAAACAUGCUAAUAUAAAAAGCUAAUGUAUCAAGAAGUUUAAAAAGUAUUGUUAUUAUUUGUAAGAAAAAUAACCAGCUUCCCCUUGCAGCUAGUAUAAGAAUAAGCUUCCAUGGGCCCACGUUCUGGAACCAGCUCCCCUUCCAUAUACGUCAUAGUGAAACCUCGUCCAGUUUCAAAAAGUCCCUUAAAACUCAUCUGUUUAGGUCCGCCUAUGACCUGUGAUGCACCCUCCUUGCCCUACCUCAUUUUCUGUUUCGGGUUGAUCCUGAAGUGUCAAAGUGUCCUCGUUUUAUAGCCAUUUUCAUUGUUUCUAUAGAAUAGUAGUUACUAUCCUAGUGUCUCAUUUUUAUUUUACUUAGUUCACAUGUUUUAAUAAUUGUAAAGCGCUUAGAGCUUUAUGAUAAGCGCUAUAUAAAAAUGCUUAAAUAAAUAAAUAAAUAAAUAAAGAGAAAAUUGACUAUUUUAAAGACAUAUUCCUUUUUUCUAGUUUGGUUAACACCCCAAAAUUGCUUUUUUCCUGGAUCUGGGACUGCAUUUUGCUCCUAAUGAUUUUAUUAGUUUUACUUUUUUUAUGCAUUUAGUUUUAAAAAUCUAAAUAUGUGUUCUUAAAAUUUGAAUUAGGUGUCAUAAAUCUGUGUAAAGCUAAGUGUGUUUUAGGCUUUAGAUUGGGAAGAAAAUAAACUGUGACCAAGUCGGUAUAAAUCCUUCAGUUAUACAUAAAAGGCUAUCCCAUUUUUUUAGUAUUUUUGAGUUCAAACAUUUUUUACUUUUACAGAACUUAUUUUGAGCAGUAAUCAUAUCUCUAGCUUACCAGAUGAGUUGAGGCUUAUGGAGGGACUAACAACUCUUGACAUAUCACAUAAUGACUUUGCAGCUUUGCCUCAGGUUGUUUAUAAGUUGGAUAACCUCAAAAUAAUAAAGGCUGAAAAAAACAAAAUUAAAGGUAUACAAUUAUUUUCAUAACUAGUUCUGUUAGUCAUUGAACUUGUUGAGUUUUAAAGAUUUCCUUGUGAAAAAAGUUAUUUAGAAAUGAUUUAUGUGGGGGAAAAAUCUGACUUAUCACUAAUAAGUCAUGAUUGUCUCUAAGGGAGCUUUUCUUUUGAACUGUUCUAGUUUUAAAAUGUUGUCUGGUAAGAAUAUUUAGUUAUCUAUUUGCUGAAAAUAGUAAUGUACAGUGUAAUAAAAAAAUAUUUUAAUUUAUUUGGAUCCAUAAAAGAAUCGUAUCUUAUUUUAUUAAAUGGGAAACCUAAAUAUUAAUAUUUCUAUAAUUAAUUAUACAAUAGCUAAGUUAAUUUAUCUUUCAUUUGUAUUUAAUUUUGGAAAUGUAAUAGAACUUGAUGUGCAGCAGCUGAAACGGCUAUCCAGUAUCUCAGAAGUAAAUAUGCAAGACAAUCCUUUAACACCAGACAUGUAUACACAGCUGACGUUACUAUCAGAUGAUAUCACAAUGCUCUUGACACCUCAAGAUUCAGAGUUUGACAGCGUUGAUUGAAUCAUCGAAUGCUAUAAUUUAUUUAUGGAAUGGAAGGUUUUUUUGUAUGAAAACCUGUAAACGCUUUUUUACAAAGAUAUUUGUAAUUGAUUUUAUGAAACUACUUUCAUUAUAUUGUUUAAUUUAAUUUUAUUUUAGAUAAAUGUUUAAGUUAUUCAAUUCCUAUGUUAAAAGCUUUUUAAUUAAUUUUUUUUUUGUUAAGACAUUUGAUCCCUUCUUUUAAAAAACUUGUAUGAAUGCAAAGUAAGGUUUUUACUUAUAUUGCUUUCAUAUUUCAGCAGUCAUAUUUAUUCAUUUAAUUUUUUAAUCUAGAACUUAAAACUUCAUGUUUUCCAUAUUUUUAGUCAUAGUUGUUUUAAGAAAUAAAAUCCUUGUUAAAUUUUUAAACUUGAAUAAAAUGUUUAAUACAUGGGGAGAAUUAAAUUAAAUAAGAUGAUAAAUAAGAGAUUUUAUAUUAAUCAAAAUGCAUUAAUUAUGCUUAAGUGGGAGUUUACCCAAAAUGUUUGAAGCUUUUGUUGGUGAUAUUUAUUUUAUUUAAGCAAAAAUUAUGUGUGCUUCUUUAAAAUGCACACUUUCUGUGCAUUAUUUUAAGUGAUAUUGCUACUUUCACGAUCUUCUAACUGUGGAAUAUCUCUAUAAUUAAAUUAUUUUUAUAAUAAUAAGUAAAUUCACAAUAUAAUGAAGUGAUAAACACUAAGUUUAGAAAGGAAAAUUAAUGAAAAUUUAAUUCCCAUUGAUCAACAACAAUAAAACAAAUUAUGUCUGGAGGGGGGUGGGAGUAUGUUGGAUAUUUUUAUCAGAUAUUUUGAUAGGUUAGUUAUUACGAAGAAGAGAAAGGUGUAACUGGCUCUCUUUUAUACAUGGUUGUUAAAUUAAUUUCAUAACUAAUGUAAAUAUAAUGUUAUAUUAUUAUCUUGAUAAGCUAAGCUGUGAACUGCAGGCACUAAAUAAUGUUUAAAUAAUGUUGAAUUUUAUUAAGCACAUCAUGGCAGAAUACCCAUAGCCAUACUGUCUCUACAGAAAAUCCUUGAAUGAAGACCAAUACAUGGUUUUAUAUUGAACUUCAAAGUUUUUUCAAAACAGCUAUUUAGUUCCACCAGCUUGUGAUGCUUUCACUGCUGCCAUUGCACUCAUGUGGAAUAGGACAGGUCAAGGAAACCAGACUCUUCCCAACAGAUAUUCAUAUUGUGACAAAUAUUAAGCAAAACGUAACUCAUUAUUGCUCUUGCCUAAUUGCAACUGAUGUAAAGCUAAUUAUUUGAAUGUCCAGAAACUGAUGUAAAGAUAUAAUAAUUAUUAGAAUGUCUAGAAGCUGAUGAUCACAAUGGCGUUUAUGGUGUAUUAUAUUUUAAAUAUAUAUUUUAAAUGAUAAUUUGCAUGUAUAGUUGUUUUUUUAUUAUUUUUUAAAAAUGUAUUUCUGGGCUUAAUAAAUUACAUCAUGCAGGGGAUUCACAUUUUUGUGACGAGGAAAGGGGGUGUUUUAAGCCAUGUGACAUCACAUUAAAACCACAUUAAAACCAGAACAUAAUUGAAACAAUUUGCGAUGAAUUAGCUACGGUACCGGAACCUUAAUUUACUUUUAGGCUGCACAAUUUGUAAUUAUUGAAUUUUUAUUCUUUACAUUUGUGAAUUUUUUAUCCAAGCGAUAGGAAUGUUCUGAGAAUAUUAAAUUUAUACUACAAUGACG